AUGGAGCCAGGGCCGGCAGAGGGAGAGCCUGCGGAGGUCCAGGCCAUCAGGGACUCCUACCAGAAGGCCUUCGUCUUUGUCAACAAGGGGCUAAACGCGGACGAGCUGGGGCAGAAGGAGGAAGCCAAGGGCUACUACCGGCAGGGCAUGGGGCACCUGCUGCGCGGCCUGGGCCUGUCGGCGGCGGGGCCCGAGCACGUGGGGCCCGAGUGGGAGGCGGCCCGGCAGAUGCAGCAGAAGAUGCGGGAGACGCUGCAGAACGUCCGCACGAGGCUGGAGCUCCUGCAGCGGGGGCUGGCCACGCCUCUGCGGGGCGCUCUGCAGGAGGCGCCUAAGCUGUACCCCGAGUUUCCCCCCAAGGACCUGCCCUCGGAGACGCGGCAGGCCCCUCGGUCCUCCGGCGCCGCCCCCCACGCGGGGGCCUCCCCGUCGCAGAGCCGGCCGGCAGAGGCGCCCCCCGCCUACACGCCGCAGGCCGCCGAGGGCCACUACACCGUGUCCUACGGCACGGACACCGGGGAGUACUCCUCGGUCGGGGAGAACUUCCACCGGAACCACGCCCAGCCGCCGCCCCUGGAGAGCCUGGGGCUGGACGCCGACGAGUUGAUCCUGAUACCCAACGGAGUGCAGAUUUUCUUCGUGAACCCCGCGGGGGAGGUCAGCGCGCCCUCCUACCCGGGCUACCUCCGGAUUGUGAGGUUCCUGGACAACUCCCUGGAUACGGUUCUCAACCGGCCCCCUGGAUUUCUUCAGGUCUGUGACUGGCUGUACCCUCUGGUUCCUGACCGCUCUCCAGUUCUGAAGUGUACUGUGGGCGCCUACAUGUUUCCUGACACGAUGCUGCAGGCGUCGGGGUGCUUUGUGGGGGUCGUGCUGUCCUCUGAGUUACCCGAAGAUGACAGAGAGCUCUUCGAGGACCUGUUAAGACAGAUGUCUGACCUUCGGCUCCAGGCCAACUGGAUCAGGGCCGAGGGAGAAGAUGAGUUCCAGAUCCCUGGAAGAACGAGGCAUCCCUCUGAGCAGUCGGGGAAAGCCUCAGGUACAGGUGGGAGACCACUGGGUCCCCCACCGGACCCAGACACUAAGGACGCACGUCACAAAGGAAAGCGUGGGAAGCAGGUUAAAGACGUGUCAAGUGGUGAGAUUAACCUGAGUCACAUCGUCCCCUACGAGCCAGUUUCAGAAGAAAAGGCAAAAGAGAUCCCUGAGUGGAGUGAGAAGGUGGCUCAGAACAUUCUGUCAGGUGCUUCCUGGGUGAGUUGGGGUUUAGUCAAAGGAGCUGAAUUUACUGGCAAAGCCAUCCAGAAGGGCGCGUCCAAGCUGCGAGAGCGGAUUCAGCCGGAAGAGAAGCCGGUGGAGGUCAGCCCCGCCGUGACCAAGGGGCUGCACAUAGCAAAGCAGGCGACCGGAGGCGCGGCGAAAGUCAGUCAGUUCCUGGUUGACGGGGUCUGCACCGUAGCGACUUGCGUUGGAAGAGAACUCGCUCCACACGUCAAGAAGCAUGGAAGCAAACUCGUUCCCGAGUCUCUUAAAAAAGACAAAGACGGGAAGUCCCCGCUGGACGGCGCCCUGGUGGUAGCAGCGAGCAGCGUUCAAGGGUUCUCCACCGUCUGGCAGGGCCUGGAAUGUGCAGCCAAGUGCAUCGUGAACAACGUGUCGGCGGAGACGGUGCAGACGGUCAGACACAAGUACGGCCACAGUGCGGGAGCCGCCACGCACGACGCCGUGGACUCCGCCGUGAACGUGGGCCUAACCGCCUAUAACAUUGACAACAUCGGCCUCAAAGCGAUGGUGAAGCGGACGGCGAAGCAGACGGGCCACACCAUCCUGGAGGAGUAUCAGAUCCCCGAUCGCUCACAGGGCAAGAACCCGGAAGGAGCCGCCGGCGCGACCACGACGGCGCAGACGCCGGAGCAGCCCGAGGCCGGGGUGCAGAAGGAGCCGGAGAAGAGGUCGGAGAAUAGAGAGAAGUGA